UCUUUCUUCUUUUUUCUUUAAGCAAAAGAAACCAUCUUAAUCUUCGACAUUCAAGAUGUGGGGAAUGGGAGAUAGUAAUUAUUGGACAGCAAUCGGAACAAGUCUUGGUUCUCUUAUGUUUUUCUACACAUUGAUAGAACGAUUCUUUCCUCAUGGUUUUGUACAUCAAUAUGUAGAAAAAUAUUGGAAGCGUAUGCUUCGUUUUACUAAUCGUUAUAUUCAGAUUACUAUUGAUGAAUACUCUGGAGAACUCGUAGAUCAGAAGAACCAGUCUUACACCUUCGCCGACGCUUAUCUUAGUGCCGUAGCUAUACAACGUGCAUUGCAGCUCAAGGCGUAUACUCCAAAAAACAGCAACAAGCUUGUUCUGAGUAUGGUUGAUUAUGAGAUGACUACACCUGAUGAGUUUCAAGGAGUUACACUUUGGUGGAUGUUAAGCAAUACCAAUGAAAUCGGCGAACCCCGAAAGGUAGAUACCAGCCGGUCAUUAACGCUUACGUUUCAUAAGAAGUAUCGGCAUUUUGUGACGGAGAAGUAUUUGGAUCAUGUCAUGGAAAAAGGGAAAGAAGUGUUGGCCCAAAAUCAGCAGAGAAAGCUUUACACUAAUAACUCAAGAGAUAAUUGGUAUGAGCAAGAGAUGUGGAGCCAUGUAGUGUUUAAUCACCCUGCAACGUUGGAUAAUCUAGCAAUGGACAAGGCGAAAAAAGAAGACAUUAUGGAAGAUCUUAUUGCAUUUAGCAAAGCUAAAGAUUAUUAUGCAAAGAUUGGCAAAGCUUGGAAACGUGGGUAUCUUCUCUAUGGACCUCCGGGUACCGGAAAGUCUACUAUGAUUGCGGCAAUAUCCGAGUUUAUGAACUAUGAUAUCUAUGAUCUUGAGUUAAAGUCAGUCAGAGGAGGGAAUAGUGAACUGAGAAAGCUAUUGCUGGAUACAUCUGAUAAAUCUAUUAUUGUGAUCGAAGAUAUCGAUUGUUCGAUCGCCCUUACAGACAAACGUAAGACGAAGAAGAAAACACGCAGUAAAAAAAAGAAAUCGUAUGAGCAAAGAUUGGCUGAGAUACGUGGUGACAAGGAUGUAACUCUCUCAGGGCUGCUAAAUUUCAUUGAUGGGUUAUGGUCAAGCACUGGCGGGGAAAGACUUAUCAUUUUUACUACUAAUCAUAUUGAGAAGCUGGAUCCAGCACUCAUUAGACGUGGUCGUAUGGAUAAGCAUAUUGAGUUGGCAUAUUGCUGCUUUCACGGGUUCAAGAUAUUGGCUAAGAACUAUUUGAAUAUUGAUGAUCACCCUUUGUUUGAGACGAUUCGUUGUAUGAUCGAUGAAGCCAGGAUCACUCCUGCUGAUGUUGCUGAGAAUUUGAUGCCUAAGACUGUAAAUGGAGGUGACUAUUCUGAGGUUUGCUUGGGGAAUUUGAUUACUGCACUUGAGAAAUCAAAAGAAGAUGCAGCAAGAUUGGAUGCUGAAAGACUAUUAGAAGAGGAAGAGGAAUCAGAAGAGGAAGAAGAAGAUGAGGAAGAUGAUGAGGAUUUCUGAGUUCAAGUCGUUCUAGCGACAUAGGACCUCUUGGAAACUAGGAUUGAAAUUCGGGCAACAUUUUGAUUUUUCUUGUAUUUUGGGUCUGCCAUAACCAAGUAGGAGUACUAAUUUCUUUUUAAUCUUUAUAUCUUAGAUUCAUUAACGAUUUUAAAUUGACUACAUCCCAUGAAUUCUCGAACUUAA